AUGACAAGACGUGCGACCACAAAUCAGUCUUCGGGUGUUCCUGAUGAUCGGCGGCGCAAGACAUUCGACGAGCAUGUUGACGUGAUGCUAGUCCAUUUCAAGGAGCAGCUGCUGCGAGCGCAUGAGCGCGAGAUGGGAUGGUUUUUGGGUUCUGGGGGAUCAUCUGCCGGUAGCAAGAAGCCAACACGUGAGCAAGAAUUCAUGUCGCCGAUAUUGACAUCUUCAUUGGCCUUGUCGGACGGACCUUGGUCACGCAGUACUCUUCCAGGGCAGUCCACUCUGCAACCACAGCCCCCGAAAUGCAGUGGUGAAGCUGCAGUUGAGAGGGUGACCAGUAUCAGCAGCUACAUGAGCUCCAGAGCUUCGCGACGGUCGAGAGUGCGUGCCAUUGCAGCCCUUGGGGAACAAGGGUCCGACGAGGUGGUGCAGGCAGCAGCCAGAGCAGUGGCUGCAAGCCAACUGCGGGCCAGCUCCACGGCCUCCUCCAUGGUCUCACAAGGAACCGUCACAACUUUGUCGGAAACCACGGCCAACAGAGUCGUGCUGAACUGGGCAGACAUUACGACGCGCCUUUUGAUGGACAGUGAUGUCCCCAUGUUCAACCUUCAUCCGCGGUGGAACAGCACGGCCUCGAGUACUUUGACGCCGCGAGAACUUCGUGAUUACGAUGGGGACAACAUGCGUGCAUCGAGAUCUUUGGCUUCAGCAUCGAUGGAUUAUGAGCCAAAUCCGCAACCGGAAGGUCCAGGCGGUCGGUACAAGCUGUGCAGCAUCCAUCCGCAUUCAAACGCAAGAUUGGCAUGGACGGUGCUGACAUUCUUGGCAUGGACGUUCGAAUUUAUAACAGUUCCGCUUGAGCUCUCCAGCGAAAUUUCCAUUUACAAUCGGCCUCUUCUCGCAUGGUGUCUGAUGUUCAUUUGGACGCUGGACAUCUUCCUGAGCUUCCGCACAGGUGUUUAUGUCGAAGGGCGGCUGCACAUGGAUUUCAGGACGAUAGCACGAGAGUAUGCCAAGUCAUGGCUGCUACUCGAUUUGAGUGUGGUCAUUGUUGAGUACGUGGCGGUCAUUACACAACAGAUCACGCCGUCGACUGUUUCCUUGCUGCGCAGCUUUCGCUUCUUCCGGCUUGUGAAGAUGCUGCGCUUCAAAAGACUCCAUUCAAUGCUAAACGAGAUACUCUUCGAGCGGGCCAAGGUUCUAACAGUGAACAUCUCGGUGUUCAAGACAUGCUUGGCCUACCUCGCUGGCCUGCACAUGCUCGCUUGCUUCUGGCUCUUCCUGAGGACGUCUACUUCCACGGGUAGGGACCACUUUGCGCAGCAUGGUGUCCUUAUUGGAGAGAUGUCUGACACUACGCAUGCUUACUUGAUCUCGAUCCACUGGGCUUUGGACUUCUUGCUCUGGUGUGAAAUUGACCUGAUCGAUUCACAAACAGACCAGGUCAUAGCUGCAUUGGCCCGCUUGAUCGGCUUCGUUGGCACAUCCAUAUUCUUAGCAAGGAUUGCAUUUCUGGUGCAGCAGUACGUCGACUCCAGACUGAACAACUUGCAAGAUGUUUGCAAUCACUUCCUGGAAACGCACUCCAUAUCAACGGACCUUUCGGUGAGGAUGAAGAAGUUUGUGAUUUCCUGCUACCAGCAGUCGUGGUUGGAAAGCAAACUUCAGGAGGAGCUGGCGCUGUUUUCGAAAAUGCCCAAGCGCUUGCAGACGGACUUGUACGAAGAGUCUCGUGGACCAUUUCUUGUCAAAAGUGCUUUCUUGUUGGAGUACCAGGAGCGUUUUCGACCGUGUUUUCGGCACCUCUGUUGCGAAGGGCUCGUCGAGGUUGUUGCACAACGGCAAGAAGUGAUAUUCUCGAACGGACAUCACGCCACCUCCAUGCUGUGCCUUGUAUCAGGGAUGUACAGCUACAAGCUGGCCAGGAAGCACACGUUGUUGGGACACCUCGGGCAACUUCUUGCACCAAGAAGCCUCAGGGCCAGAUCCACCCCGGUGGGACCUGCGCGCGCAAUCUGUGAAAUAGCGCUUUGGACCAAUUGGCUUCACACUGGCACACUGCAGGUCCUGCAGAGCGGUUACUACUACACAGUGUCGGCAGAUGUGCUCGGAAACAUUUUGGCGGCAUACCCAGAAGCUCAUCGAACCGCCGUUGCCUUUGGGCGCUUGGUGGUGAUUCAGUUACACCAUGUACGAAAUGAUUGUACGGAUCUCACGCCCUUGGAGAUCGACUUCACUCAAUUGCGCAAGGUCACAGCCCGAUUCCUCACAUCCGGGCACAUGAUAUUCCUGUCGCAUUUCAAGAAGGAAGCUGGGACGGAGGCGGCUCUCAUGCAGGAUGCUUUAAUGAACAAGAUCCAAACAGAUCCGCACCAUCCUGCUCAUUAUCUCGAACAUCCAGUGUUCCUGGAUUCAGAGAAUCUCGAAGAUCUGACAAAACUGAGAGAUCAUAUCCACAAGAGCAAGAAUAUGGUAAUUUUACUGACGCCUGGAAUUUUCGAACGCCCUUGGUGUUUGGUAGAGAUGGUUUCUGCUUUCAAGCAGGGUAAGAACAUCGUUCCAGUGGAGAUCCAAAAGCCCGACAUGAAGUUCGAAUAUCCAGAUGAGGACUUCCUCGCCGAUCUUAGCUACGGCGCCUUCUUCUCAGAGACAGACAUGCAGAUUUUUGCUGUCGAGCAGAUCGAGCUGAGUGAGAUCGAGGCAGCGAUUCGCCAUAUUCUCACCAAGAUUUCGGUUACCUUCUCGCCACAUAAAGCGAGCAUUUUGGCCCACACAUCAGUCUUGCAGGAGGGGGAGGGAGCGGCUGUUGGUGGCAGAAAUUGGCCAGUCGUCCUGAGCGAGCACGGCUCAAGCAACCAUGGCCAGACAGAUCGCUGUCCGCAGGGAGGCCGCACGGACAUAGUAGAAGCUCCCGGUGAAAUAUCUGGAGCUUAUGAGACGGAGGUAGACCUGGACACUGUGUGUUUCAACUCGGCCAUCAGCGCUUGUGGCAGAUGCGUGCAAUGGCCAACUGCGCUGCAGCUGCUCGAUUUGCUUUCGGCAAACUCCCAGCCCAACACGGUUAGCUACAACUCCACUAUCAGUGUUUGCGGCAAGUCCAGCUGCUGGGCAAGGGCGCUGUGGACCUUCACAAGCAUGAGUGGUGCGAGGAUUGACCAAGACCGAAUCAGCCACAAUGCCGUCAUCAGUGCCUUCGAGAAAGCGGGGGAGUGGGACCGAGCCCUGAUGCUGCUGACAUCAAUGAGCCAACAUCGGCUGGCCCCGGAUGUCGUGAGCUACGGAGCCACGAUCAGUGCCUGCGAGAAAGGGGGCCAGUGGCAAGCAGCGUUGGCCGUCCUGCAGUCCUUGCUUGAAGACCGCUUGGCUCCUUCAGAUAUUUGCUGGAACGCGGCAAUCAGUGCUUGUGAGAAGUGCGGGCAGUGGCAGGGUGCUUUGUUGCUUCUGGAUUCCAUGCCCAGCGCUGGGGUGACGCCAGAUGUUGUGAGUUUCAAUGCUGCAAUCAGUGCUUGCGAGAAGGGCGCGUGCUGGGAGCAAGCGUUGGCGCUUCUGCGCAUUCCGCACCACGCGCGGAGGUCAUCACGUUCAAUGCAGCCAUCAGUGCAUGCGAGAAAGGUGGUCGCUGGCAGCAUGCGCUGGCCCUGCUGGACGUCAUGCCCGAAGAGAGCAUCCGCCGUGACGUUAUCACCUACAACUCUGUGA